CGCAUCGUGACCGCGUGUUGUGUUGCGCGUGUGUAACAACACGCGCCAACUUUGCCGCGUAUACGGCCGACGAGGACCCAGCAAUGGUGUCGAUGGGCUCAUGGAAACGCCGCGUGCCCGAUGACUGCGAGGAGCGUUCCGAACCCGGCGCCUCCAGUUCGGGCGUUCCUCGUGCCCCUCCUAACUGUGCGCGCUGCCGCAAUCACAGGCUCAAGAUCGAGCUCAAGGGUCACAAGCGGUACUGCAAAUAUCAGCAUUGCACUUGUGAAAAGUGCCGCCUUACCGCAGACAGGCAGCGGGUAAUGGCAAAGCAAACGGCAAUCAGACGGGCCCAGGCUCAGGACGAAGCGCGUGCGCGUGCGCUGGAAUUAGGAAUACAGCCCCCGGGGCUGGAGUUGGAUAGGCCUGUACCACCAGUGGUGAAGGCGCCACGCAGCCCCAUGAUACCGCCGUCGGCACCACGCUCCCUGGGCUCGGCGAGCUGUGACUCCGUACCGGGUUCACCUGGGGUGUCACCAUACGCUCCACCGCCGUCAGUGCCUCCGCCGCCAACCAUGCCACCACUGAUACCACCCCCGCAACCCCCCGUCCCCUCGGAGACGCUUGUGGAGAACUGUCACAGACUCCUCGAGAAGUUCCAUUACUCGUGGGAGAUGAUGCCGCUUGUGCUCGUCAUCAUGAACUACGCCCGCAGCGACUUGGAUGAGGCUUCAAGGAAAAUCUACGAAGGGAAGAUGAUCGUCGACGAGUACGCGAGGAAGCACAACUUGAACGUGUUCGACGGACUAGAACUAAGGAACUCGACACGCCAUGACCGGACGAAGGUGGAGAAAUUCGAAAUUUAAAUAUAAAAGUGACAAUUCGAAUUUCCACGCGCGCGCUCUAGUGAUGUGCCAGUGUGUGAAUAUCAAUAUUAUUUUUUAUUUUCUUUUUUGUAGGAAAAUGCUGGAAAUUAAUAAUAUAAGUGGUGUACUGUCUUCGUCAAUGAAGUUAUUUUGCGAAUGAUACUUAGUUUUACAAGUGCCGUGGUGUGUGUUGACACUUGCUGUGCGAUGCUGUGCGAAUUUCAACGGAAAUAUUUGUUGUCGUAACAUUGGAUCUAUGGACGGCGCAUGACCCCACCGAUUCCCCGUCAACUUCGACGGGGCACAGCGCCGACAAGUAAGGCGUCGGCCGUCGCGUGUGCUCAGUGAUCACCAGACUUUAUACAUUAGUGUUUUAACAUUACGUUCGCAAACGGAACAUUCGAGAACGGAUCACGAAUAUCUACAGACAAUAUGUUUUUUUUUUUUAAGUUACAUCACCUACGUUUACAAAAUAUGUUUAUUAUAUGUAAUAGGGAUGUGGAACGUGUUAAAUGUUGUUUUUUACAUAUAAUGUCAUUUUUUUUGUUUUUUUUGUUUUUUAUAUAUUUAAAAACAGCAAACGUGUUUUGUAAAACAAAUCAUUUAUUGUUUUCGUAAGACCACCACGGACGGCGUGUGUCUUGAAUGUUCUCGAAAACGGACAAAUAUUUAUGAAUAGAUAUUUUUUAAGUCUUCACGCCGUAAACCGACAUACCAUUAACCCAGUGACUAAUCAAUAUUCUAAUACUACUUACGUAACUGCGAUUAUUACAUUUGAGCGAAGUGAUAAAAAGAAAAAAAAAAUUAUGUUUAAAAAUAGUAUUAUAACAUUCACUUUUUUGGAUGUCUAGACACAAUGACAUCGAAUAAAUUAAAAACGACUCCUUUAUCGACAACAACAGGUAUGUAUCAAGUAAAUAAAAUUGAUAUUCCAAAAAUUAUGAUAUUGUAUAAUAAAACUUUUGAUAAGGAACAACAAUAUAUUUUAAUACCCUCUGGCUUCUGGCUUCGAAGUUGCUAAAGUUUGAUGUAACUCGUUUUUGCUAACUUUACACUGAGUAUCAUUGGAGCGAUCUUAAUGAAAAUUACUACUAUUUUAAAGCACAAUUAUAAAUGAAAUUACUGGUAGAUCUGUUAAACAAAACAUUCUUAGUAUGUUUAUCUAUCUAUGCUCAUAUCACAUGUGCUGCCAUCUACAUAAAAUAUACAGAACCGUUAUGAUAAUUUUGCGAGUGUUACCAGGGUGAAAAGCUAUUUAGUUAAAUCGAAAUUUUUGCAACUUUACAGGAAACUCAGGAAAGCCAUUUAAAGUUUAAAAAUUUAGAAAAAAAUUCAAAAACAAAAAGAAACUUCUUCAGCUAUUCGAAUAUAGUAAACUUAAUUGAAGUUCAAUUAAAAACAUCGAACUGUUGAUGCUGAUUUAUUUAUUUAUUUAUUUAUUAAGUUGCACCAACAAAGUGAUCAUCAAUACAAAACAUUGACAAAUUGACAAAAGUUCAUGGCAGAUGUCACCUCAAUUAUAGGUGCAAUCGACAGUGCAUUAACAUAAAAAAUAAAAUAAAACGCACCUUUAAUUAAAUAUGCAAUUUCAAAAAUGGGAACAUCUCUGAAAAUGUAAAAUGUUCAGGAAAUGAAAAAAAAAACUGAUUAUUUUCAAAAGCAGUGUAAAAUUUAAAAUAUUAACUUUUGAGAUACUGAGAUAACUGAUGAUUUUUGUGUUAAUUAGCAAUUGAAAAUUACUGGAAUCAUUAUAAAAUUGGUGUAGCUAAGCCUCAAAACUACAUGUAUAUGAAAAAACGUAUUUGACAAGAUAUGCGACAUGUGCCCUUUUCGAAAUUGCAUAUUCAAUUACAAAGAUAAAUGUCGCUUAAACCAAAUGGCUUUUCAGCCCUUGUUAAAGUUAAUUAAUACUUCUUACUUAUAAUCUCACGAGUUUCCAAAAUUUAGAAAACAUUAAAUACAUACAUUUCAAUAAUCAUUAACAUUCAUUUUCCAUAAUCUGAAUAGAUAGUUUUCUAUUUACUAUACAAAAAUUAAAGUAUACAUACCUAAAUUAGAUCACAAAACCAUUAGUUAACACGCAAAAGAAUUUAUUUAUUUAUACAAUCCAGUGGGUACGUCAUCAAAAUUCAUUUUAAUCAUAUCUCGAUCUAUUUAUAAUACAAUGUCUUGAGAGCUUCAGUUCAUGAUUUUUUUUUUUUUUAAAACACAUAACGUGCUCGCUAAAAACAAUUGCUUAAAGAUAAUAUUAACUGGCGUAUUUACAAACAUAAACCAUUCAAGUAGCCCCUGUCUUGGUGAAACUGGAAAGGCCACCGGGCCACCACUAACCCUUAAAGUUUAAAAAAAAAAAAUCGAGUAACAGAAAAAUAUAUUAUAUUAUAUGUUAUAAUAUGUUCAAUAAAAAAUAUAUCAUUGGAUUACAAAAAUGAUACAGUACUUCAGAAUUCAAACUCGUUUGAUCCUCAAGUCGUCGGGAAUUUUUUUAUAAAUGUCUAGCUGUACCCGUCCGCUUCACUGGGCAUUUAAAAUUAACAUUAUUAUUUCUCACCCCCACAAAGACUCUCAUCAUUAACGCCCCCGCAACUGGUGUAAGGAGUCCAACACUGAUAUAAAUAUUAGCCUAUCCAUUAAGUACAUGUAUUUUCUACAUGGAUACCAAGUUUCAAGUCAAUCGGAUGCACGGUUCAGUAGUUGUAAUCGAAUAUCCGUAAAAACCAUUGUAGAUUUAUAUAUUAGUAUAGAUGUUUCUGGAACUAAUAAAGAUGACAGCAGACUAUGUUAGACAUUUACUAUAAAAAUACUUGAGGACAUUCUCAAUGAAGCUGUACACGCGGGCGUGACGGGCGGGAAUAGCGUGCUGCUGUCCAUGGUCUACAUGCAUAAUAAUAUCAUUGAAGUCUAUAAAAAUAUUUUAUAGACAUGAUAAAUUAAAAUAUAAGAAGUGUCUGUUUAAAUAUUUUUAUUGUUAUUUCAAAUAAGUCGCAGUGGCCUAAAGGAUACAACGCCUGGUUUAUUAAGCAAUGCGACAGUGCCGAUGUUCGAAUCCCGCAGGCGGGUACUAAUUUUUCCAAUGAAAUACGAACUUAACACAUCCUCACGGAUGACUUCCACUAUGAAGGAAUGACAUCGUGUAAUUAAAACUCUUAUAAAAUCUAAUUUAUUUUAUUGCUAUACAAUUCGACACUCACGUCGCGGUAUUAACUUCGGUUAUCACUUAAAAUUAGAUGAGAUGUGAGCUUUUUUACCCGAUUAUUAAAUAAAAAAUAAAACUAACAUUUACAUGCUAUUUAUUUUAUUUAUUUAUUUAUACUUUAUGCACAAAACAGAACUUGUACACAGGCGGACUUAAUGCCUUGGGCAUUCUCUUCCAGUCGACCAUAGGCUGGUGCAGAGAUAAUGCAUGGUAGGUGCAUUAACAAAAGAAUAACAAACAACAACAACAAAACAAAAAAAAAAAGAACAAACUCAAAACAAAAAUCUUCCUUAAAAUAACAUCUCAGUAUUAUAGAAUACACAUACUACAAUUUAAUAUACCUAUGUAUAAAAUAGUAAAAUACAUACAUACACAUAAUUACACACAAUAUAAUAUACAUGUAAAGUAAUAAUAUAUAAAUACACAUGAUAUAUAUGUAUAUAUAAUAAUACUAUUAAUAAUAAUUGAAAAAUAAAAUAAAUUAGUUAGUUACACCGAAAGUAUCCUUAGGCGAAAUGUUUUCCAUAAUCGGAAAUGAAGCUCCCAGGACAAUAUUAUUAACGUUCUCACGCCCCGGAAUUUGGUUCAGAUACACCAUGACUCCCGCCUAACCUAAAUUGUCAAAUUCAUUCCAUGCUCUAGUUUAUUCGGCUCAAUCGAAGAAAGUGAUAAAUUUAAUAUGAAAUUAUGAUCUCGACGUUAAUUUGAAUCUAUUGGUCUUAACUUUAUUCGUGUUUUAAGAACUGAUCAAUUUAAUAUAAAAAUUAAAAGGUUUGAUAUUUAAAUAAAACAUGUAAAAUAUUUCUCAUCUUAAAUUAUAUUAGUCAUUCCAGUCCAAAAAAUCGUAUGCUAACAUUAAUAUUUAAAAUUCGAAAAUAAAAUUUUGUACGUAGUUUUAAAAAAAAAAUACAAUGAGGAUGAAGCACUAGUCAGUAAUAAAGCGGCCAGUGUUCUAAAGAAAUAUUUGCUGUAUCUGAAAUACAGAGGACGUUGAACUAACAUCAGUGUUCCACGGUAGUACCGUACCUGAAAUACAGAGGGCGUUAUUAAAUUAAGAUACAAAUAUGAACUUAAAUGAUUUUGUAACAAAGCAAUCGUCCAUGGAUUCCGUGAUAAAAUUCGUCCUAAACGGCCGUCGAUUUUAUUUAAACUACAUAUUUUAUCAAUCUAACAAAGUAUGUCUCAAAAUUUUUAUAUAGCAUGUAAAUAUUUCGUAUUUAGUGAUAAACAGAUGAUGUACUAUGGAAUAAUCAUGUAUUAAUAGAGGGCGUAAGUGACUAUUAAAGUUAUUGUUUAUAUGUAAAUUUUACCUUUCUCAACCGUCUUGCUAAUAACCAAACUUUAAGAAAACCACGAGAAAUAAUAAAGCAUCAAUAAUAAAAGGCUCUUAAUGGUAAAGUAAUAUAUGAGUUGUCUAUUAUCAAAGGUGGCAAUCUGUGCAUUUGGACAAAAAAAUGUUAUUGAUAUGUCAAUACAGAUUGAUUUGAAUAUAAUCGUCUCCUUCAAAGAAUACGGUUCAAAACCUGCAUUAAAUAUAGGUUAAUACUUAACCUGUUAUUUAUCUAAGAUGUCGUUCAGAAGAGUUUUGUGACUGCCAAUGGAAUACAAAGUCAAUAAUUCGUUUUUCUGAUUUACCAAUAAUUGUCCAAAAGUCACAUUGCCGGCUUUGAUAAUAGUCGACUCAUAUAAAGUAUGUAAUAAUUCUUACCAGCAAUAUUUUAUUAUUCAACAUAAUUGAACAGGCCAAGUUGAAGAUGUUUAAAUAAUUAUGGUGUCAGAAUUUCAUUUAAUUACAUACAUACACGAUGACAACGUUUUUACGAUGAUAACUUUUCUGUGUGCAAGUUUUUUAACGUUCUCGAUAGCGUAAAAGUUAGCUCAUAUUUGUAUGGAACGGGAUCGUUUGCGUACGUUUGCCGCUAGGGGUGCUGUUCCAACUGCAUACAAAAUUGGGGUAACUUUUACGCUAUCGAGAACGUUAAAAAACUCGCACUAAGCACACAGAAAUCCGGCGUAAAAUAGUAGACAGUGUGCUUCGUGCGCCCCUAGCGGCAAAAGUAGGCAAAGGAUCCAAAGGUACCAUUUUUUUUUAAUACUUAAGCUGAUGGUCUUGAGAGACCAUUUUAGCGUAACCUUAGCAAGUAGGUGAGCUCACGGGGCUCAAACCUGACGUCGUUGCUAACACUAACCCUAGCAAGAGCAGUGCUUCGCAGAAUCUACCACCGGAUCGGAAACGCGACCCACUGAGAAGAUUCGGUGAGGAACUCAGUGGGCUGUAUCUGUGGGUUAAUUUACUCGCCGAGCCUUUCGUCGCAAGCGACGGCUUCGACGAGAACGAUGACCGGUGCUUGAGGUACCUAAAAGCAGUGUUAGUGGAUCGGGAGGAUCCGAGAUGACGUGCUUUGGGCGAUGCCGACUGUUUACAAUUUGGUGCAACUUCGUAAAAAUUUGACUUAACUAUUACGCGAUCAAGAAUGAUAAAAAACUCGCUCUAAGCACACAGUUGAGUUUGCCGCGCUAAUUACCAACAGGAAAAGACCGGUUGACAUUUGCUUUUUUUCUGUUUUUUGAUAUUAGUUUUACAUCCAUACAGCCUUAUUUUUCGGUACUGAGUAAAAAAUUUGUGUAAAAAUAUUAAAAAAUUAGGUCACAAGCGUCGUCUCUAAGUCUUCUAACUAAAUGGCGGACCGAUGACCGUGAAUCGAAAUUAAAUAAUCCCUUAAAAAUAUAAAUAAAAACUAUCUAGCAAAUUAAGAACUGAUUCUUUUCAAAUAUAUUUCUUAUUUAUUAGCUGUAAAUUGUGAACGGAUCCUAGUAUUUUUAAGAUCUUGUAAUUAGUCGUAAGAAUAUGUUUACGUCCUUACUAAUUUAUGAAAAUUUUAACGUAUAUUUGUUGGACGCAAGAUAUUUGUCAGUCCGCAGUCCGGAGAUGUCAUACGACAUUAUCUAAUUUGUAGUGUAGUUAAAAAAAUGCUUGACUAAAACUAUACAAAUAAUAAUAACGUAACGGUAAAACAUUUUUUACAAUUACUACUUGGUAAUCGAUAUCCAGCUGCCAAUGGUUUAGAAAAAAAUAAAUGUUUCAGUUAUUUUAUAGUCAAAUAAAGAUACAUUAGAAGUCAGGCCAUACCAGUAAUUUGCAAAGUUGGGUAAUUCGCAAAAUGUAAUAAUCUUAACAGUGGACAAUAUUUAUAUGUACUAGAAUUUGUAAUGUCUUGUUUUUUCUUUAUACUGGACUCUCUUUUUGAUACUUACUGCUUUAAUCAAGGCUGAUAUAUUUUUGAGAAACAAAAAUCACUCAAGAACUCUUUCAUUAUACAUUGCCUUUACAUCUCAAAUAAAAAAAAAUAACUAAUAUUUUCCAAAUACAUAAGUGGCUCUUUUUUUUUUUAAGUAUGGCAAUUCUAUUUUUUACACCUUUUAAUUAAAGAAAAGAUAACAUAUUAAAAAACUCGAAAUUGCCAAAUUUGACCUUUUUUUGCGAAUUACCUUUUGCCAUUCGCGAAGCAUUGCAGUUUUGCGAGUAAGAACAAAAUAUAAUUAAAACAAAAUUGUUAAAGUUAGUUUAUUUAAUUUAAAUAAAUUUAUUGGAACCGCUCCCGAAAACAAAGAGUCUAGGUUAUAUCUGAUGGUAUAGCACGAAACAAAAUUGAAACCAGAAUAAUUCUUUUAGAUACCAUUCUUUGUUGUCAUGGGUGCAACAAUUCUGUACUUGCAAUUACAUUACAAUAAAUAUCACUAAACAGAAAUAUAAUUCAAAAUUUAGAUAAAACUUAGAAUACUUUUUCUCCAUUUUGUUGGGAAAGUAGUUGUGAAUUUUUUUCUUAGUGAAGUCCUUGUUGCCUUUUCGAUUUCGGGAACGGUUCGCUUACCACCAGUACAAUUUUCUAUCAAGAAAUAAUAUCUAGCGUCCAAUUAAAAUGAAACUUCCGCCCAAUGAUUCAAGGCAUGAAUUUUUUUCAUUACUUAAUUUAAAGUACCAAAUCCGGUCCAAAUUAGUAAAUGAAAAAAAAAACUAUUUAAUAAAAGCCAAAGCUUUCUACGAAUAUCCAACUGUUUUUUCUAAAUCUUUUCCUAUAGACAUCGUCCGUUAAAACAUGGUGCUCUUGUCACAAUCUUUAAUAAAAUAUAGUAAUGGUUCGCAAUUUGGUAUUGUACACAAAGAAUGUGAUUUUUUUCCUGAAAAAAAAAAAAACAGAAUCGUUUUAUUAAUCUGCAUUAUUUUAUUGUAUAUACUCUUAAGGAUUUUUCAGGACAUACAAAGAUAGUUGAUAGGUUUACGGAAGUGGCAAACUAAUAAAGCGUAGGUAUAUUUACAAAUUGUGUAGAUAUCCUGUGGAAUAUGUCACAUGUUACAUGUGUGACAAAAUCACAUUCAUGCGUAUAUGAAUACUAAAAUGCGACAAUUAAUUUAUGUAUUUUCAUAUUUUAUUCAUACGGUCAACGGCGGCACAUCUAUUAUUAUAUUAAAUACACAGUCCUUCACAUUAGUUUAUUGUUUAAUUAUAUUUAUAUUAAUCGUAUUUAAGUGAUAGUUUUAAGGCUCCAUGAAGAAGGUGUCGAAGGGAAAUUUAUACCAGCGAUACCUAUAUCUAAAUUAAUAAAACAUUCGUAUUUGAACUAAUAACUAUCUGUGUACUUUUUCUGUACAUAAAUACAUUAUCGAUAUCUCGAUAUUGAUCGUCUUUUCUUGUAUUUAACGUAAGGAUCACAAGUUUUUUUUUUUUUUAAAUGUAACUCUACUUAUUUUCUGAUUUGUAAUGUUCAUGCCUAGUGAUAUUGUAAAUAGAUGUUUAAUGGUUAAUUAAUCUAAAUGGGAAAGUGAUAAAACUGUUUCUUGUCAAUAAACGAUUUCAACAUCGUUCAAA